GUUCAAAGGGCCCCACCGGUUUAGGAUGAUUUGGGACGCCACAUCACUGGAAGCGGCAAUCCGGACAAGGAAUUUGUGAGAUGAAGGUCGCUGGGUCCCACCCCUUUCCUGCGGAGUUUCCCUUUCCUGUCCUUAAGCGCACCCUCCCCAGCGCCUGGUCCCCAGCCCCGCGAGCGGGGCUCUGGACGGCGCCCCGACUCUUUCCUCCUCCCCCGCGCUGGGCUCCAGGCGAUCGCCCCCCGCUGACGGGGCUCUGGCCGACGCGAGCCGGCCCCUGAGCGCCGGCCGCAGCUCGAGUUAAUAAACAGUUAAGUUUGGAAGACUCAGCAGACACGUUGAGGGGGAGUUACCCAGCCCAGGCAGCAAAAACAUCCCGGCGCAUUCCUGGGGAGUCCUCAGCUGCCAGCAUCUGAUUAGAACCAUAUCUCGCCGGGAGUGGCCCGCGGCUCCGAGGCUCCCGGGCCGGCGGCUAUUUAAGCGCGGCCGCCGUGUCGGCUGCGCGGCAGCCAGGAGGCUCGGGCACCGGGAGUCAUGCUCGCAUCGCAGAGGCGCUAACUAGCCUGUGUCUGUAGCUGGUAAUGUUGAUUUGAGCUGUCUCCAUCGGGGAUCGCCUGGUGCCACUUGGUGUCUGCUGGUGCAGGGUUUGCUGUCUGCCUUCUUACAAUGUCUAACGAAGUAGAAACGAGUGCAACGAAUGGUCAGCCUGACCAACAGGCUGCACCAAAGGCACCAUCAAAGAAGGAAAAGAAGAAAGGCUCAGAAAAGACGGAUGAAUAUCUUUUGGCCAGAUUCAAAGGUGAUGGUGUGAAAUACAAGGCCAAGCUCAUCGGCAUUGAUGAUGUGCCAGAUGCAAGAGGGGAUAAAAUGAGCCAAGAUUCUAUGAUGAAACUAAAGGGAAUGGCAGCCGCUGGUCGGUCUCAGGGACAACAUAAACAGAGGAUCUGGGUCAACAUUUCUCUUUCUGGAAUAAAAAUAAUUGAUGAGAAAACUGGGGUAAUAGAGCAUGAACACCCAGUAAAUAAGAUUUCUUUCAUUGCCCGUGAUGUGACAGACAACCGGGCAUUUGGUUAUGUGUGUGGAGGAGAAGGCCAGCACCAGUUUUUUGCCAUAAAAACAGGGCAACAGGCAGAGCCAUUAGUCGUUGACCUUAAAGACCUUUUCCAAGUUAUCUAUAAUGUAAAGAAAAAGGAAGAAGAAAAGAAAAAGAUGGAAGAAGCCAACAAAGCAGUAGAGAAUGGGAGUGAGGCCCUAAUGAAUCUUGAUGACCAACCUUGCAAACUGAAACUGGGUGUUGACCAGAUGGAUUUGUUUGGGGACAUGUCUACACCUCCCGACCUAAGUAGUCCAACAGAAAGCAAAGAUAUCCUGUUAGUGGAUCUAAACUCUGAAAUCGACACCAAUCAGAAUUCUUUACGAGAAAAUCUAUUCUUAACAAAUGGCAUCACCUCCUGCUCUCUUCCUCGACCAAAGCCUCAGGCGUCUUUCUUGCCUGAAAAUGCCUUUUCUGCCAAUCUCAACUUCUUUCCCACCCCUAAUCCUGAUCCUUUCCGUGACGAUCCUUUUGCACAGCCAGACCAAUCGACACCCUCUUCGUCCGAUUCUCUCAAAUCUUCAGAUCAGAAGAAAGAGAAUUUGAGUAGCUCGGCCACCCCUCUGAGUAAUGGGCCCCUGAACGGGGAUGUUGAUUACUUUGGGCAGCAAUUUGACCAGAUCUCUAACCGGACUGGCAAACAGGAAGCGCAGGCAGGCCCGUGGCCCUUAUCAAGUCCGCAAACACAGCCAGCAGUGAGAACUCACAAUGGGGUGUCUGAAAGAGAACAGAACGGCCUCCAUACCAAAUCCUCCCCGAACCCUUUUGUGGGAAGCCCUCCCCAAGGACUGCCCGUCCCGAAUGGCGUAAAGCAGGACUUGGAAAGCUCUGUCCAGUCCUCACCACAUGACUCCAUAGCCAUUAUCCCACCUCCACAAAGUACCAAACCAGGAAGAGGCAGAAGGACUGCUAAGUCUCCAGCAAAAGACUUACUUGCAUCAGACAUCUUUGCUCCUCCUGUCUCAGAACCUCCAGGCCAGACAUCUACAGGACAACCUGCAACCCUACAGACCAACCCUCUGGAUCUCUUCAAAACAAGUGUUUCUGCCCCAUUGGGGCCCCUUGUGGGUCUAGGUGGUGUGCCAGUUAUCCCUGCUCAGGCAGGACCAUGGAACCCAGCAUCUUUAGUCUUCAGUCAGUCCACUUCAAUGGUCACGGGUGCUAUGAUGGCUGGUCAGCCUUCAGGAUUCAGUCAGCCCAUUGUCUAUACCACAAGCCCAACGGUUCCAGGUUGGAACCAACCUUCAUCCUUUGCAGCCUCAACGUCCCCUCCAGCUCCUGUAGUGUGGGGCCCACCGGCAUCUGUAGCACCUAAUACUUGGUCAGCAACCAGCCCUCUGGGAAAUCCUUUUCAGAGCAAUGUUUUUCCAGCUCCUGCUGUGUCAGCCCAGCCCUCUCCCAUGCUGUCCUCUCUCCUGGCCUCUCCACCCCAACCACCUCCCAGAACUGGCCCUCCAAAGGACAUCUCCAGCGAUGCCUUCGUUGCCUUGGACCCACUUGGGGACAAAGAAGUCAAAGAAGUGAAAGAAAUGUUUAAGGACCUCCAGCUGCGGCAGCCACCUACGGUGCCAGCCAGGAAGGGAGAACAGAAUUCCUCUGGGACUUCAAGUGCCUUCUCCAGUUAUUUCAACAACAAAGUUGGCAUUCCUCAGGAGAAUGCAGACCAUGAUGACUUUGACGCUAAUCAGCUGUUGAGAAAGAUCAAUGAACUGCCAAAGCCAGCUCCCAGACAAGGUGCCCUGCCAGUUACCAAAUCCGCUGACACUGCAUUUGAGAACCCCUUCUCUAAAGAUCCUUUCCGUUCAUCACAAGCCUCUAUGGCUUCUCCUCAACCGACAUCUUCCGAUGUAUAUAGGGACCCGUUUGGAAAUCCUUUUGCCUAACUCCUGAACUUGGCCUGCUGACUAUCCAGAGGAACAAAAAGGUUGGCCUUAGUAGUCAAGGACAAAGCUAAUAAGCAGACAAGCCCUGACCUCUGCCCUUGUUCUAGCUUUGACAUAUUAUCUGUUGCCUUAUUUCUUGCUGUCUCUUCCACUUGUAGCAUGCCUUCUGCUUUCUGUUUAGCUAAGCUGAAUCUAUGGCUUUAAAUAAAUUAAGAACCUAAACUCUAGCUUAAAUGUAAAUGAAGUAGUUUCCCUAUUUGAACCCUUGCCUAUUGCGUCCCUAGAACUUUCUAGAACACUUUGCCAUGCACCCUCUGGUUGGGCAACGCAACCACCACAACCCCUCAGAUCAUACUGUUUUGAAUAAAUUUUAAAAUCCUCAUUAUUCAAAGUGUUUGGGGGUUCUGUUUCAGAGCAUAGAACCUAAAGAUUGUAGCAGAACAAGGCACCUUUUUAAAAUCUUGCUUCAAACCAUCACUUAGAAUUCUUAAAGUAAAAUGGAAGCAAGUCCAGUUUUUCCUUAGGGACUUUGGAAUCUGACACACCUAAGAACCUUUUUAAAGGUAUAGCUUGUUUUUGAAGAUUAUUCUCUUCUCAGGGGCAAGAUCUAUCUUUCUCCAGCCUUUUGCUGGCUAAUGCAAAUGAGGGAAAACCCUUUCUCAUCUCUCCCCUCCUUUUCCCUCCGAUUCUCUUUUCGGUCAUUUUUGCUCCUAGGUUCAUAUAAAAUUACCUCUCUUUCACUAACUACAGAGUUUUAUGGGGGGAAAAAACAAAAGCAAAGACAAAUGAUUGACAGAUCUGAAGCCUCUACCUUCUCAGUAAUCUCUAAUCCCAGUAACUUGCAAGUGGGCACAACCUUUAUCCUCUCUAUGGAAUAGGAGGCCAUCCUCUUGAGCUGAAGUUCCUCAAGAGCAGUUAAUGUUGAAGAAAAAUUGAACUCAACUCAGCAAGGAAGGAAAGACUGUAUUCCGAAGAGCAACACAUCACAGAGUUAAAUGUGAUAGUGCCAAAUAUAUUAGGUGCUUAUUUGGGGUCAUGCCAGACCUUUCUCAAGUAACUGGAAAACUUUCUUGAUGCCAUAGUUAGUAGGAAGAUAAAUGGGGGUGGGAGUAGGAUGCUGUAAAACAAGUGUUUGAUUUUAUCGUCAAAAAUCUAAUGUCUGCAAUAUUUUUCUCCUCAUAACCUUGGAAACUUUCCCAGUUCAUUUUCAGUCCUAUUGUUGGCACAGUUCUGAAGGGUAUGUUCUUGCCGUAAUGAGUUGUGUUUUGCUUUGUCUUAUGUCGGGUCUUUUUAUGUUGUCUCUUGACCCCUAGUGCUCAGGUUCUUGUGGAUGUUAAUCAGCCACAUACAAUGUUAUCCUUAGGUGGAAGAAGAGCGUGACUGCUCAGGUUCUUAACAAGAGGGUGGCCUCUGGAACCUCCUGUGAUUAGCCCCAAGUAGUCCAAGCUGAAGUCCUAUUGUUUUCUGUUUAUUGGUAAUAGCUGAUCGUGUAUGGCAUCAAUUUCCACCUGACUUCCUACUCAGUCGUUAUCAACACAGACUUGAAAAAAUAUUUUAUAUGUCCAAAUACCUAAAUGUGCUAAACUGGAGGCAGUUAUUUCUAGGUAGUUGAAUUUUGGAAAGUAGAAAAAGUUUUAAAGUGAUGACCAGCCACACAAUUGUUUUGUACAUACUUUUCUUGUGCACUUUUCUGUAUGCAAAGAAAGCUAUAAAUUUACUCAUUUCAAUAAAUUGGAAUGCAGAAUCUCA